GGACAACUCAGCAACUUUUCCUCUGGACAGGUUUUGACAAAUCUCCCCCAAUAUCUAUGGAUGGUCCACAGACGGCUCCGUACUCUACUUAGUCUACUGCUGGUUUGACAUUAUAUUCUUGUGCUGGUAGAGCUGGUGGCAGUGCCAGAGAUAGUACCCGGAGAAAUACAAGGGUGUGUUUAGAGCUGGAAAUGUGUCUUCAUUUGUCUGUUCCAUUAGCCCACUGGGUAUAUCAAGGUAAAAUGCACUGAGGAAAAGCCACAAAUUGGAAGAUGCCCUUGCAGAUCACAGCCAUAUAAAAUUCAUGCAGAUAAGAGUACAAGUAAAUUAGAGGAAUGUUCAGUAAGUGUAGGAAGAUCCUCUCAGCUACAUUCAGUCGUCUAUUACUUGGCCUACAUGGAUCCUGUAUGGUAAUCCUAGCAACUCUGAUGAAGCAAGAUUCCUCCUACUUGUAUCUACUCACUGGAAUUGUUCUCUUGUUUGUUGAGAUGUCCAUGACACUACAGAUGACAGAACAUGGAGAAUGGAAAUGGUUUUCUCCGAUGGUGCUUCUGUAUUUAUCUUCUGUUAUCCCUUCUGUUUUUGUGUUGGAACUUGAAUACCUGAGGUUUAGUGUGAAAGCAAAUGGAACAAAUGAAAGCCUUGUGAACAGUACCAAUUUCAAAGAAUUUGAAAAGACCUACUCCAUUGUGUUACAAAUAUCAGAAGAGUUAACAAUCUUGGUCCUGGUUAUAGGACGUUGGCUGAUGCCAAGAGGAAACAUGAGCCGCGACCAACUCGCUCAGCUUCUUCUGAUGUACCUUGCUUUAGGUGCAGAUAUCCUGGAUAUUUUAGAACUUAUAAAGGAGCCAUCAGUAAAGAACAAGAAGACUACAACUGUGGCGGGACUGUGUCUAUUUUCCUUGGCGAUCAUGCAAUUUACAUUAGUCCUUACUCAAACAUGGUCUCCCUCAUCUCCAGAAAUUAAGGACAAUGAGCAUUUACAGUCACUGUCUGAGGUUAAGAAUUGCAUACUGUCUCAAUGCUGCCAGAGUGAGGUUUGGAGCGUGAUCAUCAUGGUGGGGAUGCAGGACGGACCCUUUCUGAUUUACCGCUUGUACUUAGUAACUGUUCAAAAAGUGUUUAAUCGGUCCAUAUUCUUCUUUAUAUACAAAAAUAUGUUGGCAGUUAUAAUACAGGUUUACCGGGUUGUUGUAUUUUUUGGCAACCAAAAUCGCAUUCGAAAAAAGUUUAUUCAUAAGAUUUAAUAACAAUUGUUAGAUGGAUGCAAGAGCAUAUGAUCGCUGUGCAUGCAAUGUCUAAUAAGACAAAA